CACGAAUUUCAACUCAAAAGCGAGCCUUCCGAAAGACUCGGCGCGGUGUUUAGCAAUCGCGAAGAACCGACUACGGCAGUUGCUUUAGUAAGGUUGAACACGUUGUUCGGUUCGGUUGGGAUCUUGAGCUCUCUCCCGAAAUCUUUUAUUUUCAGUUAUUUUACGUUAAGUGACUGCAUUUGCCAGCUUGAGAGUUUUUCUUGCAAAAAUUUGUUUUUGGAACUGUUUGUACUGGCAAAUAAACUUAUGGAUUUAUAACGAUUUCUAUCAUAAAAACUCAUCAAUCAAUACCUGUGCGUAGAAUGUGUUUGAUUGAGAAGUAAAUCUGUGUCGUUUCUUGAUAGGAAAUGGCGAAAAAAAUGUCUUGAUAAAUGUGGUUGAUUUCAAAAAGUGACUGAAAGAUUGUGUGUUAGAUGUUGUGAAUGAAGGUGAUUCAUUUUUUUUUUGCUGAACAAUUCAGUAAAGUUUUUCCUUGAGUUAGAAGACACAAUCAGUCAAAAAUAUGUCCAAGAAAUUGGUUUUUGGUGUCUUAUUGACUAUUUGCCUAAGUCUGAACAUCACUAUGGCUGUGCUUCAGUGCGAAAGGAUUGCUAUUCCAGUUUGCCAGGGACUAGGCUACAAUUUAACUGCAAUGCCAAAUUUGGCGGGUCAUACAACCCAACAUGAAGCAGAAAUAAUGAUGAAUGAAUUGGAACCAAUUCUGGAGUCCAGAUGCUCAAAGCAGGCAAGAUUUCUCUUCUGCGCAACAAUGUUUCCACUUUGCUCACCGGAGGUACCACGUCCUGUUCCGGCAUGCAGAAAUCUCUGUGAAACUGUUAGAAGUGACUGCUCAGAGAUCCCUGGGGUCUGGCCGAAAUUCCUCGACUGUGACAGUUUACCACAGCCGGGAAAUAAUGAACUCUGCAUGCAGAUUCCCCAAGAGCGCGAUGUGGAGCAACAGCCGUCUUCGCAUCAGGCGCCAAAUCUCUGGCCGUGGCUCAAUCUUAAGUUGCCAAACACUCACCUCUUCAAGUUGCCAUCUGUGGCUACGUGCCCCGUGAACUUCACCUUGGCUGUGGACGAGUGCGUGCCACUGUGUCGAGCUGAUGCCCUCUUCACGGCGAGACAGAAGAAAGCAGCUGAGACAUGGAUUCUGGUUCUAGCUGCAAUCUGCUUCCUCUUCACUCUCUUCUCCCUGGUGACAUUCUGGACAGAGACCACACGAUUUGGUUUCCCAGAACGGCCUGUGCUAUUCCUCACGCUCUGCUACAAUCUCCUCAGUAUAUGCUAUCUCGAGAGGAUUGUCUUUCAUAACCGGGGUUUGGAGAUCUUCGAUGGGGAAAGUGGCAGUGGGGUUUGUGAGGUGAAUCCUCCAUGCUUAGCUUCGUACAUCACCACCAGCUACCUCACCCUGAGUGCCGCAUCUUGGUGGCUGAUCUUCGGGCUAUGCUGGUAUCUCAGUACGGAGAAACAGUGGUCAUCGGAAGCACUGGAACGAAAGUCUGGAGUAUUCCAUGUACUUGCUUGGGUUCCACCACUUGCACCACCAAUUGGGGCACUUCUGUGGGGUGCUGUGAGACCUCAUGAACUCACAGCCAUGUGCACAGCACCUGGCUUUACAGAGAUCCCUGCUCUGAUACUCCUCCUCAUGGGAACAGUACUCAUCGUCCUGUCAGCUGUAUCCCUGCACAGACUGCAGCAUUCCUGCCACUACGAUAAGCUGCAGCAGAUGAUGACUAGGAUCCUCAUCUUUGGUGGGAUUUACUUCGUUCCCGCCACUUUGGCAGUUGUACUGUCGUUCUUUGAGCACCGGGAACCUCUGGUGAAGAUCUGCCAGCCAGGGGAUGCUUGUGCUCCGCCAGAGAAGGCUUCAUCGGCUGUGAGCCUAGCUCGAUUGUUCUUCAUCCUGUUUGGGGGAUCUCUAACGGGGAUCUGGGUGUGGUCGAGGAAGACAUGCAACUCAUGCCGGAGUCGCAUUUCAGCCACUCCGGCACCCUCCUGCGUAGUCAUCAAGUCCACUACGGCGUCAUUACCAAAAUACAAGUCCAAGGGAUCAAUAGCAUCGGCCAGUGUGACGGCACCUUUGUUCUCUGCACCACACCAAACCGCCUCAAUUAGUGCUCAUUCGCGUGUUUAGAACACCAUCCGGGGGCUGCCCGUGGAGAUGGCAGAGGGAACGUGAGAGAGAGAAAAUGUGUGAAUUGUGCUAGAUUGUGUGAAUUACUGCUAUGCAAUGAAUUGAGAUUGAAGUGAAUGCUCAGGAGAUUUCUUAUCACUUCAUUAGGCAGUCUGCGCUUCUUUCCAACAACAACAAAAAAAAUCCUAAAAAAAAUUCUCACGAAAUUAGUGAUCAUGUGAAACGAUGGCGCAAUUCUUUCACCAACCCGGACAAGUAGUAUACUCUGUCUGGGAAAAGUGAUUUAUGGAGAGCUUAUAAAUGCGUUUGUGAAAGACUUCUACAAACCUUUACAAAUCACUUUUGUAAAAACAAUAAAUUUUAUACACUUUGUUGAACAAUGCAGAUAAGAAGACGUAGGCAUUAAAGAAAGAAAAACGAUACGAAAAUAAUGUGAAUAUAGUGAUAGAUGUCCUUAUUCUCUUUUUUAGUCAAUUGGUUAUUUAAAAAAAAAAGAGAUGGCAAAGCGUCCCAGCUUUGCGGAAUACUCGAACUCACGAGACAGAGCUCACUGUGAAUUAGCUUUUUGCAUAAUCUUUUGGAAUCACUGAUCUACUAGAGAUUAAAUUGAUUCAUAAAUCAAUCACAAAAACAUUUGAUUCAUUACCGAUGAAAUCCGAUGCAGCCGGAUUCUAAUUUGCAAUACUUUUCUAAAAAAUCAAAUUUUAAGCAAAAAGAAAAAUGAGCCUUCCAAAGUAGUUGACCUUUGACCUUCAAUAAUUCAAAAUGGCGAAUUUUCCGGUCAUAAGUAUGUUUGGGCGAAAUGUUCGCUCGCUCGAGCUCUAAGACAUAUCCAAAAAUCAUUGAAAAAGCUUGGGCCAAUUUUUUGCAAAAUUGGAAAAACUUUGUUUUUUGGGAAUGUUAAUAAUAUGGGAUGUAAAAUUAUUCAAAAAUCGGUACUUAACCUGUUCAAUACCGAUUAUGACCGAUGCAGUCGGAUUCAGAAUUUCAAUACCUUUCCAAAAAAUCCAAAUUUAACCAAUUCGGUUGAAAAAUGAGACUUCCAAAGAAGUUGACCUUUGACCUUCAAUAAUUCGAAAUGGCGAAUUUUCCGGUCAUAGGUAUGUUUGGGCGAAAUGUUCGCCUGGACUAGCUCUAAAACAUAUCCGAAAAUCAUUGAAAAAGCUUGAGCCAAUUUUUUGCAAAAUUGGAAAAACUUUGUUUUUUGGGAAUGUUAAUAAUAUGGGAUGUAAAAUUAUUCAAAAAUCGGUAAUUAACCGGUUCAUUACCGAUUAUAACCGAUGCAAUCGGGUUCAAAAUUUCAAUAUCUUUCCAAAAAAUCCAAAUUUAACCAAAUCGGUUGAAAAACGGGUCCUCCAAAGUGAUUGAACUUUGACCUUCAAUAAUUCAAAAUGGCGAAUUUUCCGGUCAUAGAUAUGUUUGGACGAAAUGUUCGCCAGGACUAGCUCUAAGACAUAUCCAAAAAUCAUUGAAAAAGCUUGGGCCAAUUUUUUGCAAAAUUGGAAAAACUUCAUUUUUGACCUAUUUUUGAGGGAUAGGGAACGUAUGAAAGGGGAGGGGGGAAAAUAAAGAGGUUGGGCACGAGAUAAUGUCAUUUGAGGAAAGAUCACCUAAGACCGGAAGUCAAUAUCUCUUACCGUUUAAGCUCCAGAACAGUGCAAAGUUGAAAAAAAAAGUCGAUUAUAUUUAUAACUGCUCUCUCUUUGAGUUCGAGCAGUAAAAUAGGUUAUGUUCAACCUAACCUCAAAAUUAUUCCACUUAACCAACUGAGGCACAAGCAUAAGAGGUUUUAUACUUCUUGAAUCACUCUAAAUAUCUUAUUAAAUUUUUAAAUUCAUCAAAUUCCAAUCUCUGCACCUAAAUCAGUACUGACCGCAAUAAAAAGGUUUGAGGUUAAAUAUCACGCAUUUGAUAAAAAUAUAGCAAACAUAAACUCUUGGCUAAAUAAAGAGGACAAGGCUCAGAGAAAAGAAGAAUUUUUGUGAACGAGGCAUUUGUAUUCUUUUUCUACUUUGAUUUCGUUUUUUUUGGUAUAUUGACAAAAAUUCUUGAAAGAGUCCAAAAAUACCACAUGCAUACAAAAUGCAUUGAUUUCAUUUUUUGGUACAAAAGCAAGAAUACGAAAUUUUUCGUCAGACGAAGCUUUAAUUAAUAUUUAUUUAUUUUAUGAAUUAUUUGUUAAUUUCUUUUGUACAUUUGCAACUGAUGAUACUUUGAUGUAAAUAUCGACACCAUGUGAAUUUUCUUUAUACAUAUAUAUGUAUUAAGUGAUAGAGAGAAAAUGAUGAAAAGAAAGAAUUCUAUGAAUAUAGACAAGUCGAAAAA